GUUGCCGCCAGUUGCAAGCAGCAGCCGCAACCACUUCCAUCAAUCACAUGCAUCGCAUCGCAUCGCGUUACUCAACGCGUCUUUGAGAGUGACAAUCGGACGGUUCACAUUCCAUACACUCAACAACAUCCCCGAGGAGUCAAUGAUUCGGUCACAGGCCGCCACAGAGCAUGGCCACAAGUCGUGGAACGCGUAUGCAGGAGCGCAUGCGUGGGGCAGGACGCCAUGAAGUAGCAGAUGAUUCAUUCGGCUUCAUUCUGCCCGUCGAAGAGGCGUCUGAACCUCCUCUUCCUAAUCCAGAGCCACAGUCCGAGGACGAGCCCACGCCCACAACACAUGUGCAUGCACAUGCACAUGCGCCAACGCCAACGCCAACGUCAAAUACAUCCGCCAAAAGACGACGAUUGGGUGAUGCUGCUACUACCACUAAUGCUGAAAAUCCGCAAGCAAGUCCGCAAAGACAAAAUGAAUCUCAAUCGCAACCCCCGAGCACUGCUUCCAAGGCAGGUCCGUACGAUAUGUUACAGGACGAAUCUCAAGAAACGGAGACCGAAAGUCUAUCAUCAGCGCGCCGAACCACAGCAGAAGCCGACCUUGAGGGUGGAAAUGAAGACAACCUGGGGUCAUUGCCCAAAGCGAUCGCACGACCAACAUCCAGAGACUCCAUAUCCUCCAGAUUAUCGGUUGGGCCGCAUGUUACCGAGGAAGAAGUUACUGAAAGCCCGGCCGCUGCUCCUGGAAGUGGGCAUAGGAGACGAGUCAGAGUAAACACUGUGGCUACGCAAAGCGCACAAUUGCAGAGAAUGGUUAUGGACCAGGAAGCCGGCGAUACAGCAGAGCUCGCGACCUCAUCGCCGUUAGCACGUAAGACGCGGAUGAGCGGUGUGACACCGAGCGCAUUAUCCACAAGGUCGAUACGGACAAUUGGUAGAAGCACUCUUGCCCAAUCCGCUAUGGAGGCCGAUGAACUCUCGCCUGUAUUGCGGCCUUCGAGGAAGAGUAAUAGUACAGCAGGCAGUGGCUCUGCUCGCUCGAGCCUCAGUGCUGCUCGACGAAGCACUCUGGACACGAUGGAUGGUGAGCCUGAUGAACUGUCAUCGCCUGUUCCACCACAAGAACGCCUACGGCCAGCGCAAACGAAAUCCAACCUAUUCCAAGCUGCUUCGCUCGUAGAAAACCGGCGCAAAGCCCAAGAAAGAUUCAAGGCCAAAAGAUCAAAGCAGGCCACUUCGGUAAUCGUGACUGGUCGAGAAUCAGAAGUGGACCCUGACGACGAAGAACAUGCGUCUGAAGAUGUAGAGGUUUCAGAACAAGCAGAAGAGAUUCAGGUCGAGGAAGCUGCGCAAGUUCUUGGGGAAAAGCGGCGUCGGCCUAGCCCCCCAAGGGACGAGUCGCCAGAGCUCGAUGCACCAAGAGAUAUUUCUACGGUUCCCACCAAGAAGCGGCGCCAAAAGCGUUCACAAGAUAGCCCGGCGAAACAGUCACAGCCCAAAGCUGUGAAGCAAAAAAAACAUGGCGAAAAGCCCAAGCGGAAGAGACAUAGUGGCGAGGACGAGCUUGUACCUAUUACUGUUCAGAGGUAUACACGGCGCCAGCAGUACAACGAGGGUGACACGGAUGCUGAUAUAUUAGGCGCUGAGAUUCCUUUUGCGAAUCGGAGUGGCGUCAAUGUUGUCGAUGUGCUCACACAGAUGUGUGACGAGGUCAUCGACUCAAACCUUACAAUAUUACACGAAGCAGCUCUCAGUGCUGAUAGCUCUGCCACAAAGAAGGAGUACAGGACAAAAUUACGGGCACUUGAAGCAUUUCAAGAGGAAUUGCGAACUCGGCUGCUCGAACAUACCAUUGCAUUGGACAACCUACAUUCGCUUAAGAAGCGUGUACGAUCCAUCCAGAAAGAGAAGCUCGCUCUAAGGAAUGAUAUCAUUCGCAUUCGUGCAGAGCGGGAGCAGGUUGCCCUCAAAAUGGAUGCUGUACGAAUACGACACGAAAAGAACAACAAGCAGACCCUCGAUCAACUCAAUCUUUCAACCACCAUGCAUAACAUCGACCUAGCAGUCGAAAAUGGUCGACAAGCUGCUGAACUUGGGCCAAAAGAGCAAAAAAAUGCCGAACUGGCUAAUCUCGAAUUACUGGUCUCGCGCAUAGCGGGCCAAGUGACAACGGGCGAGGGCAAUGGUAAUUUGCAACAGAUUCAGGAUUUCAAUGCAUUCCUAGAGCGAGCUGCAGCUGCUUUGGAGGCACGGUGAAGGCUGUUUUGCAAAUAAAUGCAUUCUGAAGUGUGGGUGUGCAUGCAGAGCCCACAACCUACUACCUACAACGACAAAGAGAUGACUGCUGUAUGUAGCAUGGUUGAGGCUGACCUCUGAAAUCUUUGCGCAUCGCAAUCAAGUCAGCAACUCAAGGGAUGUACAAAAGCACAAGUAGAAAAUGUGGCAUGACAACGCUAUCACGAAGCACAUGGGUUACGAGAGUCUGGACCCGCAAACGAGGCUAUAGCGCGGACCACGGUAGUCGAACUGAGACUUACAUACAGUAGUUGUUGGUCAACUGAAAGCUUGAUAUCCACUAUCCGUAAGGUUACCUCGUUUUAGAACGCGCCAUUGUGUUACGAAACACCUCAAGCUUUUACAGACUUGGACCCUCGAUCA